CGCCCCUGCUUUCGCCCCCGCCGUGGGUCAUUAAUAUUAAUGAGGUCCCGCCCAAUCAGGUGGUGCAGCGGCGGCAGCGCUUUGGUGACGUGUCGCCCCUCCUUGCGGCGGGGUUCAUCUGCAUAUUCAUAAGAUAGGCGGGAUGAGGCGCGGGCGUUUAUAAGGCGCCGCCCCGCCAGGCUCGCCGUACAUUUCGCUGAAGCUUUGAAGUGUUGUGUGGACCUCGCGCCGCCCGGCUAUCGGUCAGAAUGGCAUCAGAUGAGGGAAAGCUCUUUGUCGGCGGGCUCAGUUUCGACACCAAUGAGCAGUCAUUGGAGCAAGUCUUCUCUAAAUACGGACAGAUUUCUGAAGUCGUGGUGGUGAAAGACAGAGAGACUCAGAGAUCCAGAGGUUUUGGCUUUGUUACUUUUGAAAAUAUCGAUGAUGCGAAAGAUGCAAUGAUGGCCAUGAAUGGAAAGUCUGUAGAUGGGCGUCAGAUCCGAGUUGACCAGGCUGGCAAGUCCUCAGAGAACAGAUCCCGUGGCUACAGAGGGGGGUCCGCGGGGGGCCGGGGCUUCUUCCGCGGGGGCCGAGGCCGGGGCCGUGGCUUCUCCAGAGGAGGUGGAGACAGAGGCUAUGGCGGCAGCAGAUUUGAUUCCAGAAGUGGAGGCUAUAACGGCUCCAGAGACUACUAUAAUAGCAGGAGUCAAGGUGGCUAUGGAGACAGGAACUCAGGAGGCUCCUACAGAGACAGCUACGACAGUUACGGUAAGUCCUGCUUCGAGCGGGAGCGCUGAGUCCGUGUGCUGUAGGAGCUCUGAACCUGCUGAGCCUGAGCCUGCAGCUGGGGCAGGCUCAGGCUGUGGACGUGGUGGUGCCGGGAGAUUCUAAUUUAAUGCAUGUGCAGGAGUUGCUCGGAUCUCAGGCAAAGCAAGUGUUUAAAAAAAAAAAAAAAGGUGUUCCUGGAGCCCAAACUCGGCUGCCCUAACGCACUGACCCGCGGGUGGGGGAUCUCAGUAGCCAAGUAGCCGUAGCCUUGGAAUAAUGCAAAGGGAGUAAAAUGCUGGAACUUGUCUUUGCUUCAGUGCCUUUACAAUUGUGCCUGCUUCUUGUCCUCAGCUACACACAACGAGUAAAAAUCCUUCCUGACUCAAGAUCGUCCUUCCAAUGGCUGUAUUUAUAAAGAUUUUUGGAGCUUCGCUGAAAUGGUUAUUGUGUAGUACAUCUACUUGUAUUUUCACUUUUGUAGUAUUAUCAGUUCUGAUCUUGUCAUACACAGCCUGGCAGCUUCUGAGACAAGACUGUCUGAUUAGACUGUCUUGGAGAAAGCUCUGCUUUCAAGUGGUUUUAAUCUUUUUGAAAGCACUUCAGAUUUUAUUUUAUCCUCCAUGAAUGAGCCAAGGUGUUCGUUUUUGGUUGGUUUUUUUUUAAGUUGGGGCCCCAAUUCAGUUUCUUUUGAGCUAGCAAGGACCUUGUACCAAUGUUCACUAGAAGCUGAACAAGCUGUGGACUUUUUUUCUUCUUUUAUUUUUUUUUUCAAGUGCAUUACCUUCGUCUUUUGUAACAUUCCUUUAGUGUAGCAAGGUAGGAAUGCAGCUUGGGUUCCGUUGGAAGGCAAACCACCUUGAUAUAUCUAAAGAGAAACGUGCUUGUAUGUUCAACCCGCAUAACGGUAUUUUUACUGUUGUAAUGAUGUAAAUGACCCAGAACUAGACUUGCAAACUUACCAUAAAGAGGUUCUUGAAAAUGUUUAUUUAUAUUGUCCUUUUUUACUGGAAGAAAUAUGCAUAUUCCAUUGCUGUUGUAUUUGAAGUGGUAAAGGAUUCCUGUAUACAGUUUUCUUUGGCUUUACGAAGCCUAUUAAAAGACCGUCUGAAAUGAA